CCUAGGAAAAGGACGCCAGAAAGAGAGAGGCAAGGCAGAGAGAGGAAAGAGGCAGUGCCUUCAGGAAGAGAAAGGAGGAGAGCGUUCCAAGAAGAGAGCUGGCAGGCAGGGCUUCCAUACCUUAGAGCUGUCGAGGGUCUCACUCACGUCAACAAGAGAACUCCAGGGGAAAAGAGUGUGAGGAGGGACUGGCAUCGCGUCCGCAACCUCAGAGAAAGGAGAGCAGUCAGGGAGACUAUAAUACAUUAGACGAGUCCUAAAAGGAGGUCCGACACCUCAAAGAGUUUGGCUUCGGCAAGGCAGCUCCAGUGGGAGAAGGGAAGAAAGAGCGGGGAAAGGAGUGCCUGGAGGGGAAGGAAACAAGCGGUCUUUUCAGGAAGGGAGGCAAGCACAGGCGGGUUUCUGCAAGACAGCUCCAGUGAAAGCAAGGAAAGAAAGAAAGAAGAGGGGAAAGAGUGUGAGAAGAAAGGAAACGUAGAUAGAGAAGGUCCCAGCGUCCCACAUCCCUCAGGGAAAAGAAAGAGCAGGUUCGCCAGGGAGAAACGGUUGUCCCGAUUACCUCCGAAAAGAAGGAGCCGAGGACUGCGCUCGGACACUUCCAAGGUGGUUGGCACGAGUCUGGUUUCAGGCGCCCAGCUCCGGCGAAAGAAGAGAAGAAGAGCGGGAAAGAGGGUCCGGAGGAGGAGAAAGAGAGGCGACAGAAAAGGAAAGGAAGAAGGCACAGACGAGGCGAGGAUCCGGUCCCAGCAAAAGGCACAGACGAGGAUCUAGAUCCCUGCAAUACAACCCCAGCGGAAGACAGAAAAAGCGUGGCGGGAAAGUGUCCAGGGGGGAAAAAGAGCCCAGGAGGGGGGACUAAGGCAGAGUGAAGCUUCAACACUAUUCGCUACAGUGGGAGAAAGGCAUUCAGGGGAGGACAUUCCAGCAACAGGAGGGAGCGAAAGAGCGGGAAAGUGCCUGGGAAAAGCCCGGAGUGGGAAAAAGAGAGCCCAGGAGGGACUAAGGCAGAGUGAAACGAGUCCCCAAUCCCUUCAAAGGGAGGAGAGGGCAGAACUCCGACCCCUGAAAGAAUAGACGGGUCUUGUUUCAACAGUAUCGCUGCAGUGGGAGAAAGGCAUUUCGGGGAAGACAUUGCAGCAACAGGAGAGAGCGAAAGGGCGGGAAAGCGGCUUGGCGGCGAGAAAGAGAAACGCCUGAAAUAAUCGCGCCAGAAAAGGAGAGGAAAGAAGGCGCGGACGAGGCGAGGAUCCGGUCCCAGAAUACAACUCCAGCGGAAGGAGGGAAAGUGUCCUGAGGGAGGAAAAAGAGCCCAGGAGGAACUAAAGCAAGUGAAGCGCGUCCCCAAUCCCUUCAAAGGGACGAGAGGGCAGAACUCCGACCCUUGAAGGAAUAGACGAGUCCCUUUUCAACACUCGCUGCAGAGAGAGGAAGGCAUUCCAGCAACGGGAGAGCGAAAGGGCGGGAAAGCGCCGGGGAAAAAGAGAGCCCAGGAGGGACCAAGGCAGAGUGAAGAGAGUCCCCAAUCCCUACAAAAAGCGUGGCGGGAAAGUGUCCAGGGGGAAAAAAGAGAGCCCAGAAGGGACUAAGGAAGGGUGAAGCGAGUCCCCAUUCCCUUCAAAGGGAGGCGAGGACAGAACUCUGACACCUGAAGGAAUAGACGGCCCGGUUUCAGCACUACCGCUGCGGCGAGAGAAAGGCACUCGGGGAAAACGCUCCAGCCACAGGGGAGAGCGAAAGGGCGGGAAAGCCAUGCGCUUCGCGGGCAACGAGAGCCAGGAGGGCAGCGCGGAGCCGCCUUGGCCGUCCAACGCGAGCGGCGGCGGCGAGGACCGCUUCGGGCGCAACGAGGAGCUGGCCCGGCUGGAGGUGGCGGUGCUGGCGCUGACCUUCGUGCUGGCCGUGCUGGGCAACGCGCUGGUGCUGCUGGCGCUGGGCCGGACCCCGCGGAGGAAGGCGUCGCGCAUGCACCGCUUCAUCCGGCACCUGAGCCUGGCCGACCUGGCGGUGGCCUUCUUCCAGGUGCUGCCGCAGCUGUGCUGGGAGGUGACGCACCGCUUCCACGGCCCCGACGGGCUCUGCCGCGUGGUCAAGCACCUGCAGGUCUUCGGCAUGUUCGCCUCGGCCUACCUGCUGGUGGUGAUGACGGCCGACCGGUACAUCGCGGUCUGCCACCCGCUGAAGACGCUGCAGCGGCCCAGCCGGCGCUCCCGCUGGAUGAUCGCGGGCGCCUGGGCGCUCAGCUUCGUGCUCUCCACCCCGCAGUACUUCAUCUUCUCGCUCAGCGAGGUGGAGCGCGGCUCGGAGGUCUACGACUGCUGGGCGCACUUCGUCAUGCCCUGGGGGCCCCGCGCCUACAUCACCUGGGUCACCGGCAGCAUCUUCGUGGCGCCCGUCCUCGUCCUGGCCACCUGCUACGGCUUCAUCUGCUUCCGCAUCUGGAGCAACGCCCGGCGGAAGGCGCCCCGCAGGAGGGGCCCGCUCUUCCUUCCCGGGCAGCCCCCUCCUCCCCCGGCCCUCCGCAAGGGCCUGCGCCUCGCCCCCUGCGUCGGCAGCGUCAAGAACUUCUCCCGCGCCAAGAUCCGCACCGUCAAGAUGACCUUCGUCAUCGUCUCGGCCUACAUCGUGUGCUGGGCGCCCUUCUUCACGGUCCAGAUGCGCUCCGUCUGGGAGGACCACGCCUCCUGGGUUGAGUCCGAGGACAUUUUAAUUACAGUCACUGCCCUUUUGGCUUCUUUGAAUAGUUGUUGCAAUCCAUGGAUCUACAUGUUCUUUAGUGGCCACCUUCUGCAGGACUUUAUACAAAGCCUUUUGUGCUGUCGAAAAAUGAAGCAAAAGCUGAAUAAAGAAGAUUCUGAGAGUUACAGCCGGAAACAGACAUCUUAUACCAAUAGCAGAAGUCCAACAAACAGUUUGGACACAUGGACUGAAUCCCAACAUUUCUCACAAUCAAUCAAGUUCAUGCCUGUUUCUUCAUAAAAAAUAAUUUUAAUAACUUCAGCACUUCAGCACUUUAACAAUCACUUUUCAUGUGGUCAAAGAAUUAACAAGAUAGAUGAUAGAAAAACAAAAACUGCUAUUUUAAUAAACAUGGUUUUGCAUUUAUGUAAAUGAAACUUGUGGAUUAUUCUGUAAAAAAUAUAUGGCUGUGUAUUCAGGAAAACUGAGAAAAUAGAUCAAUACAUGUAAUAUUUUUUAAAAGAAUAUCAGCUUUAAAUGUUUGCUCUCACCAUUAAUUAUAUAUGCAUUGUAACACUAAAUGCAGUUAUUCUUUCAUCACAAUAAAAAUAUUUGCCA